AUGACAAUAGGUACAGACAGCGAGCGGGCCCCGCUGCUAGGUCCGGGCAAUGAGAACCAUCGGAUCGACUUCGAUACCAGCACGUCGGAGUCCGAUACGGCAUCGACAGUGUUGCCGCCAGCAACAAGGCCCAUCUCCCCGGCCAAGCGUAUCCUCGUCCUCGUUCUUAGCUUCACGCUGCUCAUAACACUAGCAAUCGGCGGCUCCCUUCUCGAUGUGCCCAUCGCCGAAAUCCAAGAGGGAAACAUCUGCCGCCACAUUCACGGUCCCGACUUCGACCCGGGCAAGUGCAAGGACAAAGAUGUCCAGAGCGAGCUGUCCCUCAUUAGGGGGUGGGAUACCACCUUCACCCUAGUGCCAAGCCUCUUGACGAGCGUUCCCUACGGCGCCGUGGCUGACAGGUAUGGUCGCACGCUGGUCCUGGGAUUGAGUCUGCUCGGCGUUACCUUGAAAGCGGCGUCUGAUGCACUUGUGUGUGCCAUGCCUCAUGUAUUUCAACCCCGAACUAUCUGGUUGGGUAGUCUCUUUCAAUUCCUGGGCGGUGGCGGGACUGUCUCCUCCGCGAUGAUAUAUACUAUUGUUGCCGACAUAUCGACCGAAGAGCAGAGAGUAUCCACCUUCUUCUACAUCGGCGCUUCCCUCAUGGGAGGUGCCCUCAUCGCCAAUCCCAUCGUCUACAUCGCGAUGAAACGGGGGGCCUGGUUCGCCGCCAUCACCGGUCUCACUUGUCUAUUCGUAUCCACCGCCAUCGGUUUCCUCACGCCGGAAACCCUCGAUAAUGCCGCGGCCGUCAAAAUUUCUCCCGCCGAUCACCCAGCAAAUGGCUCUUCGCAGGCGGAUGACGCUCCCCCUUUACGGACGGGCGAUACGACAAGCCCGAGCUCAGCUAACCACCCUUCCUCUGCCCAACAUAACUCUACGAGCCAACCGCCAAGGCCGCUGAACACGAUCCUACCCCGCGCCGUCGCCGCCCUCACCCACACGGCCCACUCGGCCCGCUUCCUCUUCUGGGACCACAAACUCGUCGGCCUCCUCCUCAUCUCCCUAACCCUUGAGAUCUUCGGCCGGAGCUCCUUCCUACAGUUGAUGCAAUACGCCACCAAGCGCUACGGCAUGUCAUAUUCGGAAGCGGGCCUCCUUCAGUCAGUAACGGCCUUUACUACCCUCGUCCUCCUCCUUGUGAUCCUACCCGGCACAAGUCGGCUUCUACAUACGUUGCGUGUCUCGGAGCGGGAGAAGGAGCUCAGGCUCGCCCAAGUGAGCGCCGUGUUGAGCGCCGCAGGCACCAUACUUCAGGGCCUAGCCGAGACCAAGACCCUGCUGGUAGCGGGCAUCGUUGUGGCGGGCAUGGGCGGCGGGUAUACGUUUAUGAUUAGGAGCUUGAUGACGUCGUUGGUGGGCGGGCAUGAAAUCGGGGUAAUGUAUACGAGUAUAGCGUUCGUCGAUACCUUUGCCGUGUUGACUGCGGGUCCGAUGUUUGCGGGUUUGUUUAAUAUUGGGCUGGUCUGGGGCGAUGCGUGGGUUGGCUUGCCAUUUACUGUGGCUGGCUGGGUGCUGGUUGCUGCUGCGGUGUUGGUGCGUGUGAUUAGGAGCUCGAUGGUCGUUGGGGUGGGGAAGGUUGAUGAUGGGGAGAGCGAUGAGGGGGCAUCAGGGGAUUGA